AGAUAGCCGAGACAGCGUGGUGUUCAAGUUUAAAGAGCACGAUGUUGGUUUUGUUUGAAACAGCGGCUGGAUAUGCCAUAUUUAAGCUUCUUGAUGAGAAGAAGCUUCAGCAUGCUGACAACCUGUACAAAGAUUUUGAGUCGCCUGAAGCUGCCAAUAAAUUACUGAAGUUAAAACAGUUCAAGAAAUUUGAGGACACAACAGAAGCUUUAGCAGCUGCAACGGCAUCAGUGGAAGGGAAGAUGAGUAAAGCCUUGAAGAAGAUGAUGAAAAAGUUGGUUGUCAAGGAAGCGCAAGAAGAAUUAGCCGUAGCUGAUGCUAAACUAGGAAAUGUGAUCAAGGAAAAGUUUCAGGUGUCAUGUGUGUCCAAUUCUGCCGUCCAGGAGUUGAUGCGAGGGAUUCGUAGUCAAGUCGACAGUCUCAUCACAGGCUUACCUGAGAAAGAACGAACGGCCAUGGCACUCGGUCUUGCUCACAGUUUGUCACGAUAUAAGUUGAAGUUCAGCCCGGAUAAGGUGGAUACAAUGAUUGUGCAGGCAAUUUCGCUGUUGGAUGACCUGGACAAAGAGUUGAAUAAUUAUAUCAUGAGGUGUAGAGAAUGGUACGGCUGGCACUUCCCUGAGCUUGGCAAAAUUAUUACAGACAACAUGGCGUACGCCAAAGUGGUGAAAAUGCUCGGAGACCGUACCUUGGCAGCAAAGACCGAUUUCUCAGCCAUUUUACCAGAAGAGAUUGAACAGGAAGUGAAGGAUGCUGCGGAAAUCUCCAUGGGAACAGAAAUCUCUGAAGAAGACAUCAUAAAUAUUCAGUACCUUUGUGAACAAGUGAUAGAAAUCUCAGAAUACAGAGGCCAGUUAUACGAUUACCUGAAAAACCGAAUGUUAGCCAUUGCCCCGAAUCUGACAAUCCUUGUGGGCGAACUGGUGGGGGCGAGGCUGAUAGCCCACGCAGGCUCUCUUCUGAAUUUGGCCAAGCACCCUGCGUCCACAGUACAGAUUCUCGGCGCGGAGAAAGCUUUAUUCCGUGCUCUGAAGACAAAGCAUGACACCCCUAAGUACGGACUCAUCUACCAUGCCUCGCUUGUUGGACAGACAAACCCAAAAAACAAGGGAAAGAUUUCCAGAAUGUUGGCUGCGAAGACAUCACUGGCGGUAAGAGUGGAUGCACUCGGGGAAGAGACGAACACAGAACUGGGCAUUGAGCAUCGUGCCAAAUUAGAGAUGCGUCUGAAAUCAUUAGAAGAUGGGGCAUCCCGCCGAAUCAGCGGAACAGGCAAACAGCAGGCCAAAUGGGAAAAAUACGAAAACAGAAGCCAAGUGAGAACAUACGACCCUUCUGCAGACUCUACAUUACCAUCUGUCACCCCAAAAAAGAGAAAGUUUGCUGAGGGGCCGGGCACAUCACAAGCAGAAGAAGCUGUAACGACAGAGAAGAAGAAAAAGAAGUCCAAGAAAGACAAGGGUCAAGACACUAGCGUUACCAUGGAUACGUCAGGGGACAUCAGUCUUGAGGUGAAGUCUGAGAAGAAGAAGAAAAAGAAAAAAGUGAAAGAAGAAGCUGAUGAUACCAUGGAAACCACGUUAGAUACGACACAGGAAGAUGCACCAGAUGAGAGUGGUGAUAAGAAGAAGAAAAAGAAAAAGAAAAAAUCCAAAGAAGUGGAAUCAGAUUAAGUUUUAAAUCUGAUUUUAAACUUUUAAGGUUGAAUUAUUAACAUUUAAUCAUCAUUGUGGGACCAGAAGACUUUAUUCUUGGCGACUGAAGCAAGGCUACUGCUUCUUUCGGUAACUAAGGAAGUGGAAGAGCUGAUGCAUUGUGGGAAUCUGUUUACAGAUGCCUUAUGUUUUGGAUUGUUCAUGUUUUAGUUUUUUGUGUAAGAAAUAUCCUUUUUUGAAUGCACAGAAAUGAUUUUAGUGCUCAUUGUUUAAAACGUUUAAUUUCAAUCUUUUAGUGUUUCUACUUAAAUAACCAUAUGUGAAAGUUUAAGAGAGCUUAUCAAAUCAUGUGUGAAUUUUUAAUCCAUGUGUUUUGACCCAUAGAAACAUGGCCUUGAUGUAUUUUUAAGUGUCUACUGUUAUCACAAAAAUAUCAUCUAAAAAUUUUCCCAAGUUUUUAUUUUAGUAAACUACAGAGAACAUGCCUAAUGCUACUGUCCGGCGUAGUUAAGUGGCCAUUGUCGUUGAAAAGGAGUUUUUGUGUUACGAAAUUAAUUUUUUUAAUGAUUAUUGAAUGUUGCAAGUACUUGUAUGGUUGCAGUGAAUGGUCGUGGGUUUCCCGUGGCUGUGCCGGGUUUCCUUCCACCCUGAGGCAGGCCACCGUCGUAUAAGAGAAAUAUUCUUGAGAACAGUGUAAAACAACAAUCAAAUAAAUAAAUAAAAUGUAUUGUUGCGGGAUAUUUUUUGGAGCCAAGUGUGAAGGAUUGCCAUGUAUUUCAUACUCUUUUUUCCAUCAGAUUUGUUGGAUAGCCAUUUUGUGAUCUGCUGUGUAAAUUUGGAUAAAUCGAUAAAUAUUGCUUGUAUCGUGACAUUUUAUACACCAUUCAGCAGAGGAAAUCAAUAGAGGUUGAUCUUUAGUGGUUUCGAUUCGAUAAUUGUUCUCGUUUUGCUGAAAUGCCCAGAUCGGUUUCUACCGUUUUGAAACGGGUUCUUCGUAAAUCUGUGAUUGUCAGGCAGCUCUAAUGCUGACUCGCUUUGCAGCCCCGGAAUUACAGGGAAGUCUUCCGCAAUAUUUUCUCCCUUUUGCGGCCUGGUUUCAGAAGGCGUGGAAGAGUUUGUGGAAGCGGAAAACCUCAAUGCGAGUGGAAGGAAGACGUAUUCUUGAAGACUGUAAGAAAUUGGAUAGACAUAAAUCAGUUCCUGUUGAUAUCACACAGGGCCUCCCUUUCCACUGGUUAAAACCAUGGCGCCUAAGUGUAUUAGAUAUGUAUACUUAACGCACUACCUGUCGUCAGGGAAUACUACAGUAAAUUUGUCAUCUGUUGCUUGAAUAUAUUGAUAAGAAUAAAAUACUGAAUUUUGUUUUGUUAUGAAAUAGAUGGAAGGAAUAUCAUUGUUAAUGCCAGUACCAUUGUUUAUGCCAAUAUCAUUGUUUUGCAUUUAAUAUGAACAUUC